UCGUAGUCCAAUUUUCGGUACGUUGUUUUCGUCUAGUUUUUGCAGUAAAGGUGAUUACUUAAUGAAAAUUUAAAGGUUGUAUUAAAUUGAAUUGUUAUUCAGAUGAUAAUUUUAGCUGUUGGAUUGGUCUCCUUUCUCUUUUUUGUUUGUUCAAUGGGUUUCAUUUGUCUGCUGAGUUUGUGAACUAUAACAUGAAUAAAGUUGAUGCGGAAAAAAUGGGACAUUUUUUUAAGCAGUAAAUAUGGAGGAGUAGUAUUUUCAACUUACUUGAUACAGAGUCACUCUUGAUGUCUAGAUCCGGUAGCCAUCACAUAUAAUCCCAAGGGAAGAACAUUGUGGGGGUUCUGACAGUGGCAAUCAAACAAGAACUUGAUGAGCCAAAUCUGUUUACAAAAAAAAGAAAAAAGAGAACUUUUUGAAUCAAUAUAUCUCAGGUCCCGUGAUAACUUAGGAUUAGUGAUGAUAUGGUUGAUGUGAUAUCUCAAAACUGGAAUUUGAUGGUAUAUUUAUAGGGUGUAUGUGGGAACUCACUAAUGAAGUUAAAAAGUUUGGGAAAUGAAAUAUUGUGUGGUUUAGGCUAAUAUGGCGAUGAUGCCUCUGGUCCUUGUGAUGAAAGAAGACUAAAGCAGAAGGAAAUUUUAAGCAUGGUGAAAGGCGGUUCCCUUUGGUUAUUCAGCUUCGGGGAACUUUGUUUGAACUUCCUGUUUAUCAUAUUUUCUGUCCUCUCUUAUUGGUCAAUUACUCUGCAAACACUGAAAGAAGAGAAGGCACUUAAGGUUACCGUGAAAGCUAAUUGCAUAUAGCUGCUUCUUACCUUUCUCCACUUAAUACCAAGGUAUUCCCUUGUAAGUGAUCUCGCAUGCUUAAGUUUAUACCUCUCUGUCAACUACUUGCUAGCUCUGAAAUAUAAGAUUGUCCUGGCAUGGCACUGAUUGUUGACCCCUCCUAUGGUGUUGCUUUGUUAAAUUUAGUCCAUCAUUAUAAGAUUGCCAGAUUAAGAUGCAGAGCAUUUUACUUUUCAGUGCCAUGUAAAGGCAACUGAUCUGAAGUCAGCUAUAAACUUUCUCAAUCUUGUAAUGAGUAUUAUUGAUUGGUGCCUGAUCUUUAUGCAUAAAGGGGUACCUUGCUUGCAUUUCUUGGCGCAUUCUUUGUUGUUGAAUUUUGUUUUUUCAUGCAUGCCAAGUCAAGCAAAAUGCUGUAGGAUAGGAUACCAGGCCUCGCUCACUCAAAUUAUCUGUCUAAUUUCAUUUCUAUUGUAACCUCAGAUAAUUGAAAACCACAUUACAGUAAUCAUGUUUUUGUUGGCUGCUAAGUGUUUAUUCAUGCUUCUGUGGUGCUAAGUUGUUUUAGAUGUUUGUACAUUGGUUCACUGCUAAAAUUCUCUCUUUCUGACAGAUGAACUGGGCUGUUCUCUGUCAGUGGCUUCUAUAUAGAAACAAUAAGGGCCUAGGACGCACAUUGUAACAGCAAGCUAGACAGUCUAGUAAUUUGUGUGGUUGUUUGAUGGUCAGCAGUCAAGCAUCCUACUGACGUUCUUCCCUGCUGGUCAUCAUUUUUAUUUCUUCUCUAUGGGCAGGGAGUGAAUUGAGUGAGAGGCAUACUGAAGGAUGUGAGUUGAAGUCCUGCAGAUCAAUUGGGAAAAAUUCCAAAGGCCGUCUUUUAUAGUUUUUGAACUUGCCCCAGUGCUUUUUGGUUCAAUGACAGAGUUAAUGCAGUGUGCGAUAUGUGAUUUUUUGAUACAGGGUGCCAUGAUUUCGAGCAGCAACUUCAUUCAUAAGACUCACUAUGAGAUCCUGGGUGUGAAGGAAGAUGCAGAUUUUGAAGAAAUCCGUAAAGCCUAUCGGUCAGCCAUACUUUGUUUUCAUCCCGACAAGCAACAAAAGCCAUCAGAAACAUCCAAUUUUGAGUGUCUGACAGAAAACAAAUUUUUAGAGAUACAGAGAGCUUGGGAAACCCUUGGCAACCCGAGGUCACGUGCACUUUAUGACAGUGAAUUGCUAGUUUUGAGACAGGAUGUAGCAAUUGCUGAAGAUGUUAGCUUAGAGGACCUUACAGUUCAAGAUUCUGGUGAUAUUAUAGAGCUUUCUUGUCCUUGUAGAUGUGGUGACUACUACUUUAUUGAUUCUUUUGAAUUGGCUGACACGGGUUGUUCCAUAUCCAGAGACGGGUGUACAGUCUCUUUGCUGACAUCUAAAUCUUUGCCAGCAUCUAUUGUGCUUCCUUGUGGAUCUUGCUCACUUAAAGUUCGCCUACUGAUUAAUGGCGAUACUAGGCUUCACAAAGAUGUUCACUUGUAAUUGUGACUAGUUGGAAAACAUUAUUCUCUACAAUAUUUUUGCAAAACUUUUGGAAAUUCAAAUGACAAGGAAAAAUGGGAAGUCUGAAAUUUCUUGUGCUUUUUUA